AUGGCUUCCAAGAUUGACGUCGAGCAAGUACGGCAGCUUGUCAAUUCCCACCUUGACGAAUUGAGCCCUCAACUCCGCACAGUCAACCAGACAAUUCACGACAACCCUGAGCUUGCUUACAAAGAAUUCGCUGCACACGAUACAAUUACUUCUUUCUUGGAAAAGCUCGGAUUUGACGUAAAGCGCAAGACUUGGGGCCUUGAUACAAGCUUUGAAGCCACAAUCGGCUCGGGAGGUCGCCAGGUUGUUGUGUGCUGCGAGUACGAUGCUCUGCCGGACAUUGGCCAUGGCUGUGGCCACAAUCUGAUCGCCACAUCCUCUAUAGCCGCAUUUCUCGGUGCCGCCCAUGCUCUCUCCAAGCUGAGCGUUCCUGGCCGGGUGAGAAUCUUGGGAACACCCGCUGAGGAGGGAGGCGGCGGCAAGGCAAAGCUGAUUGACGCUGGCGCCUUUAGCCCUGCAGAAGACAUUGCCGCGUCUAUAAUGGCUCACCCUAUAUCUGUCAAUCGCAUAAAUAGCAACGGCACAGGCGGCAUCUCUGGGGUUGCUGGAUUUGAUCUCAUCGCUAGCCACAAGUUCCGUGUCGAGUUUCGCGGAGUAACCGCUCACGCAGCCGGUGAGCCUUGGAACGGCGUUAACGCUCUGGAUGCUGCUGUAGCGGCCUAUAACAAUGUGUCCAUGCUGCGCCAGCAGAUCCGGCCUGAUGAGAGGAUGCAUGGUGUGAUUGAGGUCGGCGGCACGGUUCCAAAUGUGAUUCCCGAUUACACGCGGAUGAACUGGUAUGUCCGAAGCCCUACCAGUCAACGUGGGGAGAAGCUGGUAAGGCGAGUGAAGGCAUGCAUUGAGGCAGCUGGCGCGGCAACAGGUUGCGAAGUCAAUUAUAUCCCAGCUGCGACGUAUGAGCAUGUCAUUUCCAACCCCACGCUAUGCAAGGUGUAUGCGGAAGACAUGAGUAAACUUGGCGAAAAGGUCGAGAUAAGCUUACCCGAGAGCUUCAACGCUUCGACCGAUAUGGGAAACGUGACUCAUGUGGUGCCUGGCAUCCAUGGUGGAUUCGGUAUCAAAACAGGGCCAAACGUUGCCCUCCAUAGCCGCGAGUUCGCCGCCGCUGCAGGUACAGACGAAGCUCACGAGGUGGCAAUGAAGAGUGGCAAGGGCAUGGCAAUGCUCGCUCUGAGGGUUCUACUUGAUGAUGACAUUGCUGCGAGUGCGAGAGCCGACUUUGAAAAGAGGUAUGAAUAG